AUGGCUCCAGGUCUCGAAGCGCUGGCCACCCCUGAGGACGAAUUCCUCAUGUACGUAGACGACAGCCUAGAGAGCCGAGUUCGCGCCCUCUCCGACAUGAAAGAGUACAUCACCGAUGAGGGGCCGUUCGACGCGCUCUUGGCAUUCUCGCAAGGCGCCAGCUGCGGCGCAAGUCUAUUAUUGCAUUUGGAGCGCGAAUACCGCAAGCGAGGUGGCCCCGCGUCGCCAUUCAAAUGCGCCGUGUUUUUCUGCGGAGGACCGCCAGAAGACCCCCGGGACUUGGAACUCGGGGUGGCCCGUAUCAUGGAUGCUAGGGUGGAUGGAGAGGUGCUGGACCUACCAACAGGGCAUGUUUGGGGGCGGAAUGAUGAUAGGUAUGGCUAUGGGCCGGGGCUGAGUGCGCUGUGCUGCGGGGAUAAGCGCGAGGUGUUUGUGCAUGAGGGCGGGCAUGAGAUUCCUGGGGUUAGGGAUCCAGAGGGGGUCUUGAAAGCUGUUCAGGUGGUUAAGAGGACUUUAGCAAGGGCGGAGGUGGACUCUUGA